UUUAUCUCUCCCCUAUUUAUCUGAAGGACAAAGUCCCCACGCUGCACAUAACACAAGAUAACGCAUAGAGAAAACAAAGAAGAAAAGAAGAAGAUGUCGUGGCAAACUUACGUUGAUGAGCAUUUGAUGUGUGAUGUCGGAGACGGCCAGGGUCAUCACCUUACUGCCGCCGCAAUCGUUGGUCAUGACGGUAGCGUUUGGGCUCAGAGCGCCAACUUCCCCCAGUUCAAGGCACAAGAGUUCAAUGGUAUUAUGAAAGAUUUCGACGAACCGGGUCACUUAGCCCCCACAGGGUUAUUUCUAGCAGGAGCCAAGUACAUGGUCAUCCAAGGCGAGCCUGGAGCUGUAAUCCGUGGCAAGAAGGGAGCUGGAGGCAUAACCAUAAAGAAAACAGGACAAUCAUGUGUCUUUGGGAUAUACGAAGAGCCCGUGACACCAGGACAGUGCAAUAUGGUCGUUGAGAGGUUGGGUGAUUACCUCCUCGAACAGGAUCUCUAAGCCCCCAUCUCAUCAAACCUACUACAAUGUUCCACCUUCCACAUUUUUUAUGCAAACUUAAUAUAUACGAUUUGAUUUCUGGAUUCUUUCUAAGAAGGUGAAGCCUAAUUUAGAGUCUGAUUCUUAAAAAUGUAAGGUUUUCCUUUUUCUUUUUCUUGAUUUUAUCAGAUUUAUUUUAUUUUGCUUUUGUUAACCAUGUUAAAUAAUUUGUCUAUUUGUUAUUCUCUCUUGACU